GUUUCGCUUCCGGUGGGCGCGCGGGGCGGCCCGGGUUGCAGGGGGCUGCCCGUCCGCCCGCCCGCCCGCGCGAUGCCGCUGCACAAGCACCCGCCGCGUCUGUGGGAGGCGCUGAAGCUGGCGCAGGGGAUCUACGCCCGGCUGCCGCCGCAUUACCUGCGCCAGCUGCGGGACCGCGCCCCGCCCGCGCCCGUGCACUGGCGCCCGCUGGGCCGCGCGUUCCGGCGGAACCCGCGCACGGGGCAGCGCGAGCGCGUGCAGGACGUGCCCAUCCCCACCUACUUCCCGCCCGCGUCCCAGCGCGGCCUGUGGGGCGGGGAGGGCUGGGUCUGCGGCUACCGCUACUCCGGCGACGACAAGCUUUCCCGCAGACUGAAGAAGAUUUGGAAGCCACAGCUGUUUGAACGAGAGUUCUACAGUGAGAUCCUUGACAGGAAAUUAACUAUUACAGUCACAAUGAGAACACUGGAUUUGAUUGAUGCAGCCUAUGGAUUUGAUUUCUACAUUCUCAAGACUUCAAAGGCUGAUAUGUGCUCGAAGCUGGGGAUGGAUUUAAAACGAACAAUGCUGCUACGACUUGCACGGAAGGAUCCUAAUCUGCAUCCAAAUGAUCCAACCAAAAGAGAAGCUAUUUAUAACAAGUACAGUGAAUUUGUGAUCCCAGAAGAGGAGGCUGAAUGGGUUGGGCUAAGUUUACAAGAAGCUGUAGAAAAACAGAGGCUUCUUGAGAAGAAGGACUCCAUCCCUCUCUUUAAAGUGUAUACAGAAGAACUGGUUCAGCAGCUAAGAGAACAGAAUAUUUCUAAAGUGAAAAGAUCUUAGCCAGGAUCAGCUCCCUGUUGCAGCUUGGAGCUUGGAAGCCUUUUGCAACUGCUAGUCUCAGCAUGUCUCUUAGUCUCCCUAGUCACACUCAUCAUGGAGGGUGAGCUGCUGUGAAAGAGCAUGAUCCAAGGAGCAAAUCAUGAUUAUCACUUACUGGUAAAGAAAGCAAAAUGAAACUUGAAUUCAACCAGUGAGUUAUCCCUGUUGGCCAAGGACAAAACUUCUCACCUCUAGUGUUCUGUCACGUUCUCUUUAAACUGUCUAAUGUGGUGCCUUCUGCCUUCCAGAAUUCCUCUUGCUGCAUGAACUCAGAGCUAAUUCAGAUGCUGUGAACUGGAUUCAGAGUGCACAGUGAAUUGUGCAUCUGCAAGAUGUCAAUAAACAUCUCUGCAUCUGA